CCUCGUAACCCUAAUUGCACCGUCCAUCCCACGCUUCGGGCUACAGAGGCUCCCAUGGCUCCCUCUGCUUCCUCCUCAGCCGCUCUGCUCCUCUGCCUCAACCUCCUCUUAUUCGUCAUGGCCGUCACCGCCUGCCCGCCGCCGCCGUCGCCGCCGCCUCCCAAAAUCCCGCCCACGCCCAGGGUGGCGCCGCCCACGCCCAGGGUGGCGCCGCCGACGCCCAGGGUGGCUCCGCCGACGCCCAGGGCGGCGCCGCCUACGCCCAAGGCGCAGCCCUCCUGCCCCGUCGACACGCUCAAGCUGGCGGCGUGCGACGACGUGCUCGGCGGCCUCGUCAACAUCCAGCUCGGGACGCCGCCCAAGGAGCCCUGCUGCUCCCUCGUCGGGGGGCUGGACGACGCCGAGGCGGCCGUCUGCCUCUGCACCGUCAUCAAGAUCAACGCCCUGGGGUUGAACCUCAACAUCCCCGUCGACCUCAGCCUGCUCGUCAACUACUGCGGCAAGGGCGUGCCUUCGGACUUCGUCUGCGCCUAGUUAAUUUAUCUUUCAGUUUAAUUCCCUGCAUGCAGCCUCACUUUCUGGUAGUUGUACGUGUUGCGAUUGGGUGCAUUUAUUAAAUGCUCAAGAAUUGGUGUAUAAUUUAGCUAGUAGCGAUUGAUAAGGUUAAUUAAUUAUUUGUGGGUGGGUAGGGAAUAAGAGUUUUUAUCCAUUUGUAUUUUGUGAUGUGUAUUGUGUACUGCGUACUCUACUGUGCAAAGGUCUUGUACUUCUUUGUGAUUCAUCUUUAUUCAAUUCAACUCGAGUUGAAGCAGCA